AUGCUAAGAAGAGAAGCCACGACAAUCAAAUUGUCGCCGGAAGAUGUGUUGGAGUACGAUGAGUCGUUAGAACGGCAGAAACUAUCUCGAGCUCAGGGACAACAGCAAUUGCAACAGCUGCAGCAGCAAAGUCAGUCUACUUUCCAGAACCAAACUGCGCGGAAUAAUAGCGACUUUAACUCUUCGAAUAUCUUGCAGGAGCAGAUGAACAGCCAGCUGGACAACGCCGACAUUGGCGGUAACGAUAUCUUGCCCGAUUUGAACAACUCCACGGUUCUGGAGCGCCAGACCAGAUCCAAGAGCGAGAGGAUCGGGGUUGCUCCUCGGUGA